AUGGGGAGGUGUAUGUGUGGGACAUGCGCAGCAGUCGGUGUGUGAACAGGUUCACGGAUGACGGCUGUGUGAAGGGGACGUCCAUCGCCGCCUCACGGAACGGACAGUACCUCGCCUGCGGCUCUCAGUCGGGCGUGGUCAACGUCUACUCCCAGGAGGCGUGUCUGAAUUCGGCCAAUCCCAAACCUCUGAAGGCAGUGAUGAACCUGCUGACCUCGGCCACCUCUCUGACCUUUAACCCCUCCUCUGAGAUCCUCGCCAUCGCCUCCCGAGCCGAGGACGAGGCCGUGCGACUGGUCCACCUGCCCAGCCUCACCGUCUUCUCCAACUUCCCCGUCUCCAAGAGGAAGAUCGUUCAUCGAGCCAGCUGCCUCGACUUCUCGCCAAACAGCGGCUUCCUCUCAUUGGCCAACAACAAAGGACACGCCCCUCUCUUCAGGUUACUUCAUUACAAAAACUUCUGAAGAAGACCUCACCUGAAAGUUUCACCUGAAAGCAAGAAAAUAAAUCUAAAAACUGACGGAUGCUUUCGGAAACGACACAGAGGUCGAUGGGAUCUGUAGUUUUUGGGCUAAAACUGUAAAAAGUCGCAGACGGACUGAGAGUCGAGCUGAGAGAGAGAAGGAUGGGUCCGUGAUGGAACCAGCAAACGGUCAAAAACCACGUUUCUUUUUUUUAUUAUUUGUAUGAUGUGAUUGUAUAAAAGAACUAAAAAGUC